UGGUGCCAGGGCUAUUGCCAGUGCCAAACCCCUCCCUGUGCCGGUGUGCACAGGGGCAGGGGGGUUAGGAGGUGUCCCCCCACUCUUCUCACAGCUCUUCUCUCCCCACCCAUUCCUCCUUGGCCCUGCAGGUCUUGUCUGCGCCACCGCCCCGCGCCGCUCGGCAAUGCUUACAGCGGUCUGCGGCUCCCUGGGGACCCAGCCCUCUGACGCUCCCCGCUCCUCUCCGAGCCACCUGGACCUGCAGCCGCUGCAGCCCUUCCAGCCCCACGGCAGCGCCGCGGCGGGCGCCGCCGACUUUGCCUCCCCGUUGCCCCCUCCGGAGCUACCGCUGGCGGGUCCCGACGCUGCCGCCUUCGCCACCCCCGGUACCUACGAGCCCCAUGGCCCCCCACGGUUAGAGCUGCCUGCUGACGGCCCCGCCGCCCCCGGCACCUACACCAAGCUGCUGCCGGCCGCCCCGGACAUGGCGCAUCCAUACGAGCCCUGGUUUCGGCCCCCCCAUCCCGGCCCCCCCAGCGAGGAGGGAGGCGUCAACUGGUGGGACCUCCAUGCCGGAGCCAGCUGGAUGGAGCUGCCCCCCGGGCAGGGCGGGGGGCUGCAGAUGCCUGGGCACCCUGGGCUGCCGCCGGCUCUGGGGGGGUAUGGCGGGGGGGAGCACCAGCUCUGCGCUCCCCCUGCCCACCUGCUGCCCCCCCCCACCCAGCACCUCCUGGGACCGGAGGGGGCGAAGGCGCUGGAGGGACCCCCUGAGCCCCGGGGGCCGGAGGCGGAGGGCGGCGGGCGACCGAAAGGUGCCCGUCGUGCCGUGCCGCGGGGUGGGGGGCAGGCGGCGUGCCGCUGCCCCAACUGCCAGGAGGCGGAAAGGGGGGGUCCCUGCCCCGAGGGGGUGAAACGCAAGCACCUACACAACUGCCACAUCCCCGGCUGCGGGAAGGCGUACGCCAAGACCUCCCACCUGAAAGCCCACCUGCGUUGGCACAGUGGCGACCGACCCUUUGUCUGCAACUGGCUUUUCUGCGGCAAACGCUUCACCCGCUCCGACGAGCUGCAGCGGCACCUCCAGACCCACACCGGCGCCAAGAAAUUCGCCUGCCCCGUCUGCGGCCGCGUCUUCAUGCGCAGCGACCAUCUGGGCAAGCACAUGAAGACACACGAUGGGGGCAAAGACGGGGGCGAACCCGAGGUCAAGGGCGCCGGGGACCCGUCGGCCAGCAAGGGAGGCAAGAGGGAGUCCGAAGGGGGUAACGCCGCCCCCACAAACUGAGCUGCUGA